AUGAGUUUAGCAUUGAGAGUCAAGAACAAGACUGGAUUUAUUGUUGGAACUUUUACAAAACCUGUGGAUAAUCUUGUUCUUCAAACUCAAUGGGAACGAUAUAAUUCUGUAGUUCUUACUUGGAUUCUGAAUUCUAUUUCAGAAGAACUGUAUUUGGGUCAUGUGUACUCUAAGUCAGCUGCUGAGGUUUGGAAAGAACUUAGGGAUACAUAUGAUAAAAUUGAUGGGUCAGUUUUUCUGAUGGGUCUUGACAAUGUAUAUCAGGCUGUUAGAACCAAUUUGCUUAUUAGGGAACCUCUUCCUAGCUUACAAGAGGCCUUUUCUAAUGUAUCUAGGGUAGAAUCUCAUAGGAAUUCUAACCUAUCUUUGUCUAAUGAUCGAUCUGUUGGAUUGUUUGCUAAAACUAAUUCUGUUGUAGAUAAUAAAAAGAAAUUUGUCAAAAAUCCUAAUUAG